AUGUCUCUCUUCCGCACUGUUCCUUCUGGCGGAGACUUCUCCCCUCUCUUCCGUCUCCUAGACGACUACGACAGCCACCGCUCCUCCCGCAGCCAGCAGGCCUCCCUGCAGUCGUUCGCCCCUCGCUUCGACGUCCGCGAGUCCAAGGACGCCUACCACCUCGACGGCGAACUCCCCGGCAUCCCCCAGAGCAACAUCGACAUCGAGUUCACCGACCCGCAGACCCUCGUGAUCAAGGGCCGCUCCGAGCGCGAGUACCACUCCUCCAGCGACGACAAGGACAAGUCCCCCGAGCGCGCUGCUGAGGGCCAGGGCCAGGCCGAGGGCGAAUCCAGCGAGGUCGCCAAGUCCGGCGAGAAGCAGGUCUCCAGGGAAAAGGCCGCCAACAAGCCCCGCUUCUGGGUCUCCGAGCGCUCCGUCGGCGAGUUCCAGCGCACCUUUACCUUCCCUACUCGCGUCGCUCAGGAUGAUGUCAAGGCUAGCCUGAAGGACGGCAUCCUCUCUGUUGUUGUCCCCAAGGCUGCUGCUCCCACUGCGAAGAAGAUCACCAUCCAGUAA